GGAGGUUACACAAUUCGGUCCGAAAAAAGAGAGAGAGAGAGGGAGAGAGAGAGUUUCUGGUUUCCAGUUUUGAAGGAAAGUAACCGACAAAGACAAAACUGCAAUUUAUUAUUUCAUCAUGGAAGGAUUUGAUUUUUCUUCGAUGACCAGACCAGAAUUGUUUGAAUUUGAAGGCAUUUCUAUGGUGCAUUACUUCACUGAUGACUGGGAAAAUGUUCAAAACUUUCAGGCAAGACCAGACGACAUCCUCGUUGCUACUUACCCCAAAGCAGGCACUACGUGGGUUUCGUACAUCUUAGACUUGCUUUAUUUUGGCAAUACAGCACCAGAGCGUCAGACCUCAAUACCCAUCUACUUGCGAGUGCCUUUCCUAGAGGCUGUUAUUCCUUCCCUGCGUACAGGGGUUGAACUAGCAAACAAUUUACCCACCACACCACGACUCAUUAAAACUCAUCUACCUGUUCAGCUGGUGCCCAAGUCCUUCUGGGAACAGAAUUGCAGGGUUAUCUAUGUAGCUCGAAAUGCCAAAGACAAUGCCGUAUCUUAUUUCCACUUUGACCGCAUGAAUCAUGCAGAACCUGACCCAGGAGAUUGGAGCAAUUUUCUACAAAUGUUCAUGGAUGGAAAGAAUGUGUUUGGACCUUGGUAUGAUCAUGUGCGUGGUUACUGGAAGAAGAAGCAGACCUACUCCAAUCUUCACUACAUGUUUUUUGAGGAUAUGGUGGAGAACACAGACCGUGAGGUGGAGAAUCUGUGCUCUUUCCUUGGUUUAACUACAUCAUCAGAAGAGAGAGAGAGAAUUACAAAAAAUGUCCACUUUGAUGCCAUGAAGCAAAACAGGAUGACCAACUACUCCACAAUUCCAGUCAUGAAUUUUUCCGUUUCACCAUUUAUGCUAAAGAUGUGUUUGGACCUUGGUAUGAUCAUGUGCGUGGUUACUGGAAGAAGAAGCAGACCUACUCCAAUCUUCACUACAUGUUUUUUGAGGAUAUGGUGGAGAACACAGACCGUGAGGUGGAGAAUCUGUGCUCUUUCCUUGGUUUAACUACAUCAUCAGAAGAGAGAGAGAGAAUUACAAAAAAUGUCCACUUUGAUGCCAUGAAGCAAAACAGGAUGACCAACUACUCCACAAUUCCAGUCAUGAAUUUUUCCGUUUCACCAUUUAUGCGCAAA